UAUAAAGCUUAUACAAGAUGUAAGGCAGUGUAGUGAGAACAUUUCUAUCCAACAAAAGUUUAUCUUUUCUUAACAUGAAUUUAUUGACAAUCACUUUGUGCGUUCUACUGGAAGUGCUAAUAGCGAAAACGCAAAGAUUACCUGCCGAUUCUUUCAACACCAAUAAACUUGUAGCUUAUGGCGCUCCAUCUGCUACGCUACUUCCAGAUGUUAUUUCAAAUUAUCCACAACCAAACAGCAAGCCUCUUUAUAAUUACAGCUAUAACACUGAUACUGGCAUUCGAGUUCAGGAGGACGGUCACAUCAACCAUAUAAAUACCGAGCAGGAAGCCUUGGAGGCACGAGCCAAAAGGUGCUCACUGCCUGAAAUACCACCACUAAUCAAAAAGGCUCUUCAGUACAUCGCCGAACAUCCCGAGGAAAAUGCGGAAAAACACUAGAUGUGACAAAAAAGUGAGUAAAAUCAGCAAAUCAUAGGCAACAGCAACCGGUCUUGACAAGAUGACAGAUCGGAAAAAGCUUAGAGUGGUGCUUAGCUCAUCAAUGGUAGAUGCUUUGAGGAUGAUUGAUAUUUUCUUGAAGAACAUCUACCAAUCUUGAGACUCGACGAGAAAAAUAAAAAGUCUAAGAUAUUAAAAGAGAUAUUGGAAUUUUUAAAUGACGGAUAAACUAUGUGCAAAAUGUUAAUAAGUGUAAUAAGAAUUUUCUCUCCAAGUUAUUGUAUUAUCUUUUUAUCGACAAACUUGUUUUUUUAGAAUAAUACAUAUAAAUAAUUUGA